AUGGGCGCGUCAGAGCUGUGGGCAAACGUCCUGAGCCGUCUUCACCUGCACCGCCAUCUGUCGUGGUACGGCCUUGGGUUGUACGGUCUUGCGCCGUCGACACACCUCGAGUCCUUUGAGCCGCGCGUUCCGUAUCUCGACUUCCCGCGGUGGGAUGCGCGGUGCAGCCAGGAUUAUGUCUUUUUUGGGUGGCGCGGCCACGAGGUCGACGAGCCCGGCGCCGUGAUUCUCGACGCACAGGGCGAGCUUGUCUGGCGCAACACAGACGAGUCGCAGACUGACCAGAACGAUGUGCGCCCGCAGGUGUACCGCGGCGAGAGGUUCCUGACGUACCAGAUGGACGGUGCGGAUGGAAACCAGUCAGAAGGGUACUGGUACAUGCUGGACGAGUCGUAUAAUAUUCGCUACCGGGUGCGACCCAAUGGAUUUCCUCAUGCCGACAUGCACGAGUUCCAGAUCACAGAAGACGAUACUGCGCUGAUCAUCACGACGAUUCCUAUCCCUUACGACCUCAGAAACGUCGGCGGUCCGGAGCACGGCUGGGUCGAGGACUGUUAUUUCCAGGAACUCGACAUCGAGACGGGCGAGGUGCUGUUCCAGUGGUCCUCGGUCGACCACUUCCCCAUCAAUACGACCAUGGAAGUCCAGAACAACUGCUUGAUCGAUCCCAGGGCCAGGUUCGCCGGCUGCGGCGACGACGAGGACUCUGCCUUUGACUAUUUCCACCUCAACAGCGUGGAGAAGGACGCCUCGGGCAACUAUCUCAUCUCGGCGCGCAACACCUGGGGCAUCAGCUACAUCGACGGCACGACGGGCGAGGUGCUCUGGACCCUGGGCGCGGGCCGGGUCAACGACUUCGAGGACCUCUCGGACGGGCUGGCGACCGAUUUCGCAUGGCAGCACCACGCGCGCUGGGUCGACGAGGACAAGACCAUCCUCUCCUUCUUCGACAACCACUACCACCGCAUCGGCGACCCCUACGGCCCCAGCGGCGGGCGCGUCGUCGAACUCAACCUGCACAACAGGACCGCCCGCCUCCGCCACCUGCUCGAGCACCCCAACCACAUCAAGCCCGAGUCCCAGGGCAACACCCAACACCUCGACAACGGAAACUACAUGGUCGGCUGGGGCAGCAGCGGCGCCUUCACCGAGUUUGCCCCCGACGGCGAGGUCCUGUGUGACGGGCGGUUUGGUGCAGAGGCUGCGUUCGAGUUCUCUCCUGUCAGCUCGUAUCGUGUGUUUCGAGGAGAGUGGACGGGCAUGCCCAGCUAUCCGCCCAGCGUCGCCGUCGUGGGCAACAAGGUCUAUGUCAGCUGGAACGGGGCGACCGAGGUCGAGAGGUGGCAGGUCGAGGCCCUCGAUGAGAGCGAGAAGACGGUCGAUGUGCUCGCCCAAGCGUUUAAAGACGGCUUCGAGACCGUCAUCGACCUGCCCAAGGCCGCUGCCAACAGUAUGAUCCGUGUUGUGGCGCUCAGUGAGGGCGGUGAGCGCCUGGGGACCACUGAUUUCCUCGAGCCUGGGCAGUGA